AUGUGUAGCUCCGACAUUUUCCUUGCGGUACUCGCUAUCUUCUUCCCACCUAUCGCAGUCUGGGUCAAGUCUGGCUUCUGCACUGCAGACUCCAUCAUCAACAUAACCCUUACACUCCUGUGUUUCUUCCCUGGUCUCAUUCAUGCGUGGUAUAUUAUCCUCAAGUAUCCGGAACAAGAUUACGACGACGCAUCCUAUGAGCCUAUCCCUGGUGGUGGGAGUCGGCGACGUGAUCUGGAGAACGGAAACGUUACCUACUAUUAUGUCUCACACCAGCCCCCUCAGAACCCCUCCCAGCGCGGAUAUGGCACAGUCAGCCCCCAGGGUCAGCAGGCGCCUAACCCGGCGAACAAACCACACAACCAAAAUGAAGAAGGUGGGAAUGGUGGUAGCAGCAGUGCGCACCCACCGCCUACCUAUGCUGAGGCUGUGAGAGGUGAUAACAAGGUGCAAAAUCAAGAUUAA